AUGUCUAGCCUGAGCGCCCGCGAUUUCUUCACUUGGCUCGUGGACCACGCCGCCACCGAGAACCCCGGACUGUUUGCUGACCUCUGGGAUGUGGUGAUACGGUGCUCGCAGGAAAUGAUUGCCUGGAAAGACUUCCUCCUCCUCGCAACGCCUCGCGAAGAACACGAAGAAGAAAAGUUGUCCCAAUCCGAAUCCGAAUUCGAAUUCGAAUUCGACAUAGAACGGUUCACGCAGGCUGUGGAUAUCCACUUGAGCGAGCAAUGCAGGUUGAAUUUCGGUCUGACAGAAGAAGAGGAACAGACGAUCCAUCAAGCAAUCCAGCACGCCCCCGCUUCGACGAUGGGGCUUAUCCUCCACUUCCGAGCGAACCCGAGGGACUUUGAAGCAGCGCUGCGGGGACUCUUCCACAUGAACUGCAACAUCUUCCCCGCUCGUAGUAUCGCAGGGUCUUCGACGACGACGCACCCGUUCGGACCACUACAAGCCUGCUGCAGGACGGUCGACAGAUCGCUGUUCGCCACGCACGUCUAUGUACAGCACGGGGUCGGCGCCUUCUACGAGCUCGCCCGGGAGAGGCGUCAGCAGGGGGUACCAGGACACUUCGACAUGCAGACCCAAGUGGUGUGCCCCAAGAUGGAGUGUGGUCAGUUGGUUAUGGCGGUGUACCUCGGUGUACCCCACUAA